CACACACACACAAACACACACACCAACCUCCAUCCACUGACAGUGUGACUGUCCUGCCUGACGUGGAGAUGAAUUAGACGCACUUCACCUUAUGGGCUGAAUCCCCCACCCAAAAAAAAAACCAUCCGCUUUGGAUUUUGUGUGAACUUGGACGAGCGGAAAAGAAAAGAUGCGGAAAUACAUCAAGUUGUUUGCGUGCCUGCUGCUUGUGUGUGAAGAUGCAGCUUCCCAGAGCAAGAUCUUUGGGGAGACCGAGCCUGUUCGGAUGGUAUCAGAGGGCUCGGACUGCCGCUGCAAGUGCAUCAUGCGACCGCUGAGCAGGGACGCCUGUCUGCGGCUGCGCAGCGGCAGCGUGCGCGCGGAGGACUUCUACUCGGUGGAAACGGUCAGCUCUGGUUCCGACUGCAAGUGUUCCUGCACCGCGCCGCCGUCCUCCCUCAACCCCUGCGAGAACGAGUGGAAGAUGGAGAAGCUCAAGAAACAGGCCCCCGAGUUGCUGAAGCUCCAAUCUAUGGUGGACCUCCUGGAGGGAACCCUUUACAGCAUGGACCUGAUGAAGGUCCACUCAUACAUCAACAAGGUGGUGUCUCAGAUGAACACCCUGGAAGAGACCAUCAAGACAAACCUGACGCGGGAUAACGAAUUGGUCCGGGACAGCAUGGCCACCCUUACCAACCAGUUCAAGAGAUAUGACAACUACUCCAACAUUAUGAUGAGCAUCAAGAAGGAAAUCUCUGGACUCAGUCUGCAGCUGCUUCAAAAAGACUCCUCAGUGCAGGACACCAAAGAUGAGAGGACCAAGGCGCCUUUAAAAGCAGCCAACAAGAAGCCUCCAGGAUCCAAGCCUCCUCCCAAACCCAAAGAAAAAGUGGUCAAGCCCAAGAAGGAGGUCAUCAAAUCGGAAAAAGUGCUGAAACCAGACCCGACUGCCAAAAGCAAGGUGGUCGGCCAGCAGCAAGGUGUGGUGAGGGGCAUCACCUACUACAAGGCUGCCAAGACGGACAAGGAGGAGGUCAGAGGAGACAACCCGGCCAAAACAUACGCACGCCAUCACGUCACCGAAACCCAGUCUGAGGAUGGUGGAGCCGAGAUGGUUCUUGAAACGGCGGAAUCGACAGCUGCCGGACCUACCGCAUCAACUGCAUUCCAUAGCAGCGUAGCAUCGACCACCACGGCACCACCCACUACCACGGCACAGACGACUGGCCACAGUACGGCAGCUGCAGAGAGGCCGGCCCCCACCAUUGUGCUGCUGCUGGAUAACAGCAACAACAACAGUCGCCCCGCUCUUCACCGAGCAGGGAAAAUUCUGAACUGUGAAGGCACUCUGGCAUCAAUCGAGCAGCCGGAGAAGCAGCACAGUUAUGGACGCAACGAGGGAGCCUGGAUGAAGGAUCCUCUGGCUAAAGACGCCAAGAUCUACGUCACAAACUACUACUACGGCAACAACCUGGUGGAGUUCCGCAACCUGGAUAACUUCAAACAAGGCCGCUGGAGCAACCUCUUCAAACUUCCCUACAACUGGAUCGGCACGGGUCACGUGGUCUACAACGGCGCCUUCUACUACAACCGAGCCUUCACCAAGAACAUCAUCAAGUACGACCUGAAGAUGCGCUACGUAGCGGCCUGGGCGCUCCUGCACGACGUGGUCUACGAGGACACCACCCCGUGGAAAUGGAGGGGCCACUCGGACAUCGACUUUGCGGUGGACGAAACCGGACUGUGGGUGAUCUACCCCUCUGUGGACUACGACUACCACCAGCAGGAAGUGAUCGUCGUCAGCAAACUGGACCCGGGGGACCUGUCCGUGAAAAAGGAGACCACCUGGAGGACGGGGCUGAAGAGGAACUCGUACGGCAACUGCUUCAUCAUCUGCGGCGUCUUGUACGCCGUCGACGUGUACAACCAGAAGGAAGGCGAGGUGCGCUACGCUUACGACACGCACACCAACACGGAAGCCGUCCCGCACCUGGCCUUCACCAACGAGCACUCCUUCACCACGCAGGUCGACUACAACCCCAAGGAGAAGGUUUUGUACGCCUGGGACAACGGCCAUCAGGUCACGUACCGACUAAACUUUGUCCACCAGUGAGAAGCGCUCCGCAGGCAACAAGGUACAGGAGGCCUGCUGGUAUGGACCCGAGGUGCUGAGCAUUUUGCAACUUGUUUGAGCUAAAACCACUCAGGAUGUGCCACAAGGCUCCAUUUCAAGUAUUUGUGGACAUAAUCUUCCUGCUUGACUUGCGCUUGACACACCUUCAAUCAAGAAAAACUGCAUUUUGACCAUCACCCAUAAUGCUUAGUAGGUGAGUCUUUCCCUUUUCUGGGCGUUCUGCGUAAUAGAAAACUGCUAGUAAGAGGCGGCUAACAAUGCGGGUAAUGUGAUUUAUCUAUUACGCUUACAUAUUCAUCUAAAAAAAACCUCAGACAAA